AUGAGAUGGUAUGCAACUGGGAAGACUUAUUUCAUCGGUAUCUCCCCAUUCCUGUUUGUCCUGACUAGACACUGCCCCAAAGGAUUCAUAUGCUGUGAAAAUGAAUGCUGUCAGGAAAGCAAGAUCUGGGAUCCUGAUACUGAACAUGGAGGAGGUCCAGCAAGGGCACAUGGCUUAGGCACUUAUGACAAUACCAUCCCCGACCUCCCUAGCAUUGCACUGAUCGUCUUUUGGGUCAUCUUCGCCCUCCUGUGCAUCUGUGGCCUUGUGAUGUCCAAGUGCAAAGGACUGCAGCAUGACCUGAGACCUGCAGAUCAUCAGACUCCUCCACAUCCACCCUCCAAAGCUCCUCUAGAGAGCAUUUGGGUCACCUCCGUGGAUCCCCUACCAACCAUUGGUAAGUUGGGUCUUUCUGUUGUUCUGAAUUCAACUGGGACUGAAACACGUCCUCCGUACAGCCUCAGGCCUGAAGGCCCUACUGGCCAGACGAGAGGGACUCGCUAUGCAACACUUUGA